AUGCCGCUCCAAAUCCGAAGAAACCGCUGCUCCUCAUUCGUGAGGGAGAACCUCCUGACGCUGCUGACAGUCAUCGGCGUGGUGGCAGGAACUAUCCUGGGAUGCUGUCUCCGAGCUUCAGGGCAGGAGUGGUCCCGGCGUGACGUCAUGUACUUCCAGUACCCCGGAGAGCUGUUCUUGAGGAUGCUCAAGUCCCUCAUAGUUCCUCUGCUCGUCUCCAGCAUUGUAUCAGCUAUUGGAUCUCUGGAUUUAAGCUUAUCUGGCAAGGUUGGUCUCCGUGCUAUCAUAUACUACAUGACCACGACGAUAUGUGCCGUAAUGCUGGGUAUAGCUUUGGUCACCACCAUCAAGCCGGGCAAGGACUCCGAAGACUACACCCAGCCGAACUCCACCAAGAUCGUGGUGAAAGACACCCUCACAUCCGAUACAUUGCUGGAUUUGAUCAGAAACGUGUUCCCUGAGAACCUUGCGCAGGCGACGAUCGCGACCUACCGCACGAGGCUCGUUUACGACAAGAACGAUACUAAUAGUCGACUUGGUGAAUUGGAAACAUAUCAGAUCACGGGCGAGUACCAGAGCGGCAGCAAUGUGUUGGGGUUGGUGUGCUUCAGUAUCGUGCUGGGCAUCACCUUGGGCAAGAUGGGGGAGAAGAGCCGGCCGCUGCAGGACUUCUUCCACGCUUUGUCUGAGGCCAUGAUGAUCAUUACCGGAUGGGUUAUUUGGCUAUCGCCCCUUGGUGUGUUCUUCCUGGUGACUGCAAAGAUUAUGGAAAUUGAUUCAUUUAAAGAGCUGGUGGGUCGGCUGGGGCUGUACUUCAUGACGGUACUGCUUGGGUUGUUCUUGCAUGGAUUCGGAACACUGAGCAUCCUGUUCAUCCUGGCCACCAAGAAGCUGCCGUGCCGGUACAUUGCGAAGAUGGGACAAGUCAUGGCUACUGCUUUUGGUACAGCCUCUAGCUCAGCAACAAUGCCAAUUACGAUCGGUUGCUGUGACGACAUGGGUUUGGACCCUCGCAUCACUCGGUUCGUGAUCCCCAUCGGCGCCACCAUCAACAUGGACGGAACAGCUCUGUAUGAAGCCGUCGCUGCCAUCUUCAUUGCUCAGCUCAGGAAGGUCGAGAUGUCAUUCGGCAAGAUUAUUGCUGUCAGUGUGACGGCUACGGCAGCGAGUAUAGGUGCAGCCGGUAUCCCUCAAGCCGGGCUGGUUACCAUGGUGAUGGUGCUGGACACCGUCAACCUACCAGCUGAGGACGUGUCCAUCAUCCUCGCUGUUGAUUGGUUGCUCGACCGAUUCCGUACAACGAUCAACGUAGUGUGCGAUGCUUUGGGUGCCAUUAUUGUGACGUCACUUUCACAGGGUGACAUUGAAAAAACCCGGGCUGUCAAUAACGAUAGGGAUGGGGCACCCUCGCACGAACUCACCGAACUAGAGAAGGGCGACCAUUGA